UUAUAUUUUGAUUUAAUUUUUCAGUUGUUAUCAUUUGUACACUGAGUUAAAUAUUUUGUUAUUUUGUUAUUCUGUUGGUGCUAUAUUGCUUGGCUAGUCGUCGGUGUGAAUUUGAGAUGCGAGCAGAACCCAAAAUAUUGUCGUGUAUGUUAUUUUGAAAAAAAUUUCCGUCCACUAUGGACGAAACCGACGAAACAAUGAAGCCCUCUUCAAAAAAUACAUCAGAAAGCAUUUCUGGAAUUUUUAAAGAUUUUACUUGUAGAGUUUGUCUCUAUAGACAUGAAGAUAAUUUAGAAAUUUCAGAUCAUUUGGACACUUUUGUUGAGUACAUUUCAAAGCAUCUAUGUUUCCAGGUUGGCUCCGAAGACAAGUUUCCCAUGUGGAUAUGCAAAUUUUGCCAACAAUCUCUUCAGUCAUUCCACAAGUUUUAUGUCAAAGUUUCACAGAUUCAGGAAAGCUUUACAAAUUUAAUAUCAGUGUUAAAAGAAUCACCGAGAAAGUUGGAUGAAUCCCCAACGUUAGAUGCAGAAUUUGAUGCCAUUGACUUGACCAUUGGUUUCCAUAGAGGAAAAUCACAGCAGUCUGUUAAAAAGCUGAAAGAAAUUUCACCUCGAACGAUAAGCACCAGAAGUAGUUCAAAGAUGGCAAAAAGCCCAAUUUAUAGCAAAAAUUGUACACUGGAUCUGAGUAAAAAGAAAAACGAAAAGGAACUACAAAAGAUUGUUGAAAUUGACAAUAGCCAUCCCUGUGAAGGCAAUGAUGAUGUAUUGAAUUAUCAAAGUGGCAUUGAAAAUAACAGUGUUUCUAAUACUCAAGACUCAAAGGAUUCUAAGGAGUUGAUUAUGCUGGAAACAGCUGGAAGUUCAGAGAUCCCUUCUAAACGAGGGAAGAGCAAUAAAGAUGAUGACUUAAGCUCUUUGGAGGACCAAGACUGGGUGGGCCAAGGACUUACUUUUGACAUUGGUUCGGAUGACUCCGCUGAUGAUACUUGGAAACCAGCUGGUAAGAGUAAAAGAAAGAUUGGUUCUGAGGACUUUUGCAGUGACGAUACUUGGAAGCCAGCUGUUAAGAGUAGAAGAAAGAAAUCUGAUGAACAAAGUGUGGAAGAUACUUCCAACCAAUUAGAAACUUGUGAUGAUGACAAGGAUAUUUCAGAUGAGGAUGUUGAUGCUGUUAAUCCAAAAGCCAAGAAAUCUAAAUUAAAAAUAACAGCAACACAUGGAACUGGUCCUAAGCCCAAAUUGACUCCUGAAGUAAAAAGAAUCAUGCGGGAGGAAAUAAAUGCUAAAUUUGUUGAGUUUUACGGCAUUUCAUGUGAUAUUUGUGUUAAAGAUGUCAGAGAAAACUCCCUACCAAUUGAACCUGCUAAGUUUGAUUCGUUUGUCGCUCUUUGUGAUCACAUGAAAGCUGAACACAACGUUCGAGGGUAUGUUAAAUGUUGCAAUUGUACUAUGCGUGAUAAGAAGCGGGCUGAGAGGCACAUGCUACUCCACACUCAGCCAGGAUCUAUCUUCAAGUGUAAUAUUUGUGGGAAACAACUUUCAACUCAGCAGAGUUUUAGAUCCCACAUUUUACUUCACCUGCCAGAUAAUGAGCGACCCUUUCAGUGCAGUCAGUGUGACCGAGGGUUUGCUACCAAGCCUGACUUAACCCUUCAUGAACGUCAGCACUUGCCUGAGGAUGAAAGACUCACUUGUACUUGUGACAUCUGUGGAAGCAGGUUUGGUUAUGAAAGUGGUUUGUUAUUACACAAGCAACGUGUGCAUGGAAAUAAUCGGCCAUACUUAUGCGAUCUUUGUGCAAAGAGCUUCAAAAGUCGAUGUGACAUGGAACGUCAUAAAGCUCAGACUCAUGGAGAAGUGAAACGUGAACAGUGUCAAGAAUGUGGCAAAUGGUUCAAAGGGAAAAGUAUUCUGAAAACACACAUGCGUCAGCAUUCGGGUGCACAUUUCCCAUGUGAACAUUGUGAUAAAACAUAUUCUGUACGCUCUUCUUGGAAAGCUCAUCAGUUAACUCACUCAACUGAAAAAACACAUAUUUGCCCUGUCUGUAACAAGGCAUUCAAGCUACCUGGUACAUUGAAGAUGCAUUUAAAUCAGCAUACAGGAGAACACCCGUACUCCUGUCCUUUCUGUCCCAAAACUUUUGCCAGCUCAGGUAAUUACUACACUCAUAGGAAAAGGAUGCACCCUGAAGAAGUUGCUUUAUUGAAGAAGAACCAUGAAGCUGCACUUGCUGCGAAUGGACUGCCACCUCCUCCUCCGGGUCCACCAGUAGUACCUCAGAGUUUAUCAGAAGCUAUUGAACAGACAAAGCAAAAGGUUGCAGCCCAAGGGAUAACCAUUCCUAUAGUUGAUGAAAACAUUACGUCCCUUAAUGCUGAUGUACUGUCAAAUGAUAUUGAAGAUUCUGAUGUUGUUCCACCUUCAGCCACCAUUUUAACAGAAAAAAGUGUUCUUACUAAUGCUGUUAUCAUGUCAUCUGGUUCUGUGCCGGACGUAAAUUUUCUUGUGGCUAAUGGUUUGAGAAUAGUUCGUAUAAUUUCUCCAGAAGGCACUACUAAAUAUUCAUUAGGGAGAAAAGGCGAAGACACAUUAAACUUGGCCCAAUCACAACUGUCUUUGGGCCCUCAAUUAAUCCAGGUCGAUUCUGGCAUUACACAGGAGAAUAAUGACCCUGAAGAAAGUGGAAUGCCUUUUUCAGUUCUCUAAGUUGUUUAUCUCCAGACUGUUUUUAAUUUACCUAACAGAAGCAUGAUAGGCCUACUAUCAUAAUAGUUUUUAAAUAAGAACUGUAUGAGAAGUAAUAAGGAAAGACUCGAUAGCAGGUAUGCUAUUUAUGAUGUUAUGAUUCAAUAAAAAAAAGGUUGCCCCACCAGCCAGUAAA